UGAAUUUUGUAAUUUCAGAAAAUGUGAAUUUGUAGUUUCAGUUACCAUCAAAAUACAAUUACGUUUCAAGUGACAAGUGAAAUGGAAAUUUAUAUUUCAAACAAACUGAAAUUCCAUCUCCUACUUGUCAGUGUCAUCAAAUCACAUAAAAAAAGAAUAUAAAAGAGGUUGAGUCUUAUACUGGAUUAACUGCAGAGAGAAUUAUAUCACUGGUUUACUUCAAAUGCAGACCUCAAUAGACAAAAGGACAGGAUCUCAACAACAACUUGAGUAACAUUUUGUUCACUGUGGGACAAAAAGGGCAUUGGGUCACUUGCUCUUUUUUUCCUAUACUCAGUUAGGAUGCGUGUACCUCAGUUCUGUCACUGUCAGCAUGUCCGAUACAAGUACGGAUCCACUACUAUUUUUUAGCUUUGCACAAUUUCAAUGUUGGACAUACCAUAGAGAGCCAUUGUUGGUACACUAUGUCUAGUACAGAUGCCAAAGAUCUAUCCCUUUUGAUCUAUUCUACACUAAAUAACUUUGGAUUUAAAAAAGAAAAUGUAUGUUUUCGGUCUAAAUACCUUAUGUCAUACAAAGCGCUGAAACAUUUUUAUAAUAUAGUGGGAAGUGCCGGGGAAGGUGUACCACUGUCACACAGUGAUGUUGAUUGUAUGAUAGUUCUUGAUGAUAUAAUCUGUCUUGACCAAUGUGAUACUGUUGAAAAUUUAACUAUUCUUGAAACUGAUAAUUCUAACACAGCACCUGGGUAUACAAAGGUAGUUCUUAAAAAUAAAUUACGUGGAUCUGAGUUUGAGAUUCUACUACAUUUAAGCACUUAUGCCUCUGCAACUACACCUGAUGGACAACCAUAUGUUUCCAGUACAAUAUUCAGAGGUACAUAUAAUUAUUUUAAGAUAUGCACUAUUCCCCUGCUUAGAUUGCAGUAUGAAAUAACUAUCAACGGUCCAGCUGAGACAUACAAAUUAUCUGGUAGGUCAGCAAAUUUUGACAAAGAUUUUGUUUUAUCUUUAUUGUUCUAUGGAAGUGAACACUUGAGUAAAUGGGCAAAUAGGACAAGGUAUUACACUUGGCCAUCAAGUGAGUGUGUAAGAGAAAUUUCAGAAAUGGAAGGAUAUCUUGUUCCUGUUGGUGAUAAACAAAGCGCUCACCAAGACUUAGAAUGGCGAAUAUGUUACACUACUGCUGAGAAAGAAUUAAUUGCUAGUCUAAACGAUAUACAAAUUAAAGUGUACGUUUUGUUAAAAAUGGUAGCAAAGUCUGUCUUAAAAUCAGUAUGUAAAGCUCUAACAUCAUAUGUUGUUAAAAACGUAGUCUUUUGGGUAAUGGAAGGAACACAUCAACAAAGUCUUUCUCCAGAUCUUAUAGUGAAUCUAAUACAAAAAUCACUGUAUUUCAUGAAAUACUGUUUAGAAAAUAACCACUUUCCAAACUAUAUUAUUCCCGAAAGAAAUCUUUUAAGAGGUGCUGUAAAUAGCAGGGAGAAACAAAAUGUUAUAAACUUCCUUUCUGACUGCUUAAGGGAAGGAGGAACUGUUCUGUUAAGGGUUCCAAAAUUGUAUCAGUGUGUUUCUUACAGCACGACUUAUCCAGAAAAUGUGAUUAAGUAUGGAAAAUGGAGAGAUGAGGCAGAAAAGCAAAAACUUCUACUGGAUUUUCGGCUUGCUGAAAUAUGUGAUCAUAACUUUUUAUUUAACACAACUACCUGUAAGUCAAUGAAUGAGAUUCAGAAUUUAUUCUUAAAUAGGAUGAACGAUGCCAAAACAGUAGAACAUUUAGUUAAACUGCUUGUCCUAGUAAUGCCAGACUUUAUACCUCUUUUGUUAUCAGGAAAAACACCCCAAGAAUUACAUGAGGUGCUCGCAAAAAGACUGGAAAUGAUUUCUCUACUGUAAUCUCGAACAAUGUUAUUGGACUAAAGUCUUACGCAACAGCCAGGAACUGCAUCAAAUCAACAUACCAAAAAACUAAUCACUGUGUAACAGUCCUAACAAAUGUAUAAUAUUCAUGUGAAGGGCUAAAUAUAACUGUCUUUAAAAUAACUAACAGAAAACAUGAUUUUCCACUCACAGUUUCUAAAGAAUAUUAAGGAACAAAGAAGGAUCAGUUCUGAGUAAUGAACAAAAAAGUUGCAAUGGUAUUAAAAUGAGAUGAAGCAAUGAAAUAUUUAUCCUUAUAUUUCUAAUAAAGUUUUAUUUCAUCAUAAAAGUUAUUUCUUUAUAUAAAAUGAAAAAUUAAUUAAAAUAGAGGGACAACAUGUUUGAACAUCUGGUAGAUUUUAAUUGUAUUUAUUUAUUGAUCAACUAGUUUCGGUUUCUAUGAACCUUCAUCAGGAUAUACAUAUUAGAAAAAUGUUAACUAAUGUACAGUUUUAUACUGUUUGUUACUAAAUUUAGAAACAUUUGUUACUGUUUAUAGACUAAAUUUGGAAUAUUGCCAAAAUGUGAAAUAAAUUUAAUAAAAGAUAAUAAAGUCAGUCUGUGUUCUUGAAUAUUCCGUAUAUGUAGUGGACACUUAUGAUCUGUUCAUUAAGUUCAGAGAAUUUUGCAGUUUCAUCCAAACAUACUGUUACUGUGCUAUUUGAUUCGUGAGGUAAGUCUAAGUUCAUAUUUGAAUAACUCUCUUGUCCUUUACCCUAGGAAAACUAGGAACAAGAAGAUAACGCCUGACGGCGUUUUGGCCGGGUUUUCCGAAUAAGGUGAUAAUGAGUUAAAAAUCUAAUAAAGGCAUACAAUAAAUAACCCCCAAAUUAAUAAGCACUAUUGAAGGAAAAAGGGGAAAAAAAGAAAUGGACAGGCAGAAAAUGAAAUUAAAGAAAUAAAUUGGUGUAAAAAAAAAUCAAAAUAAGAAAAACACCAUUUUCAAUGUUUAUAUCCCUGUGACCUUGACCUUUGACCCAGAAAUCAAUCGGGGUCAUGUACACAUCAAGACCAACAUACAUAUGAAGUUUCAAGGUCCUAGGUGAAAUACUUGUCCAGAUAUGGAGCGGAAACAGUUUUCAAUGUUUAGAUCCCUGUUACCUUGACCUUUACCCAGUGAACCGAAAUCAAUAGGGGUCAUGUACACAUCAAGCCCAACAUACCCAUGAAGUUUCAAGGUCCUAGGUGAAAUACUUGUCCAGAUAUUGAGCAGAAUCCAUUUUCAAUGUUCAGGUCCCUGUGACCUUGACCUUUGACCCAGUGACCCUAUUCUCACUUUGGAACAACUAGGGUAAUAGGGGAUCAUUCUGAGCAAGUUUCUUGAAGUUUGGAUAAGUAGUUGUUGAGACAAGAGGGCCAUGAUGGCCCUAUAUUGCUCACCAG